AUCACCAUGUUAAGCAAUCGAGUUGUUUCAUGUUGUAUUACCAUGGUCACCAAUCCAGUGUUUCUAUUGUACUUAGGGUUUUGGCUUCUUUCAGCAAGAUGGUGCUAUCCAGACCUGUAUUUUACAUAUAUAUUGUAGAUUACAAUGAUAAACAUUAGUAGUUUGAGCUUCUAAUUAUAUAUAAACAUUGCUGACUUUGACAUAAGACUCAAGAAUUGAGUGAAGAUGUUACCUCAGGCAAGGAAGGCAAUGGCUGAUGCACCCAAGAAAUUGGGAAACUUGAUUGAUCCUGUAAAUCUCCCUAGUCCUCUCUGCAACUUUUUGGGUCAGUCUCAAAUGUCUCGCCUGAACUGUUUCAUUAAAGUAUGGUCCUACAUCAAGACCAACAAUCUCCUGGAUCCGAGCAAUAGAAACAUUGUUAGAUGUGAUGCCAAGCUGAAGAGUAUUUUGUUGGGUAAACGUCUGGUUGAGCUAUCUGAGCUUCCAAUGCUUAUCAAACUUCAUUUCCCGAAAGCACCUAAAUGAGCGUGUAUUUUGUCUUCUCUUGUUGUCACUCGAAGACUAUGCGUCGAUUCCUAAUAGAAAUUUUGUGGAUUUCUGAUUUCUUUUAUCUUUCUGGAUAAGUCACUUUUUCUUUUAUGUAUAUAUAAAUUCUUGAUAAGUUGCCAAGUGAUUAUUAUCAACUUAAAGAUAUAUAAAGGUGCCGUCAUGAACCAUGGGGAAAAAUAAUUGAAAA